UUCCACCACCACAAAGGUCGCCGAUCCGAAACCUGGCCGUCUCUUUUUGCCCUGCGAUUAUCUCGCUGUCCUUCGUAUUUCUCUUCUCUUCUUCUGCAAACCCACAGCGCAGUGUUUACGGCUUUCCUAUUAAAUUUCACAACCGCUCAUCCUAUUGCCACAUCGUACGACCCCGAACCCAGCAUUCCCGCCAAACCCGAGCCCAAGAGCAACAAAACGCCAUCGCAGUCAGCGGCGCUACAUCGCACUUCGACUAUGGAGUAAAUGUCUACUCUACAGUAAUCCGACUAUAUUCAUUGCCAUAGCUCCUCUCUCGACAGCAUGGUUGACCUACUUCUCCCGCGGCACGCCGCAUCGCGAACCGCGAAGAAGACGCCGACAAAGAGCGACAAGAAAGAUGCCGCGAAAACAUCACGCCUGUUGUCGAAGCCGAGCCUUGAUGGCCUACUCACCGGAGGCGUCUCUAAAAGAUUAAAGGGCGCCAAUGACUACCUUCAAUCAUGGAAGGAUGGCCUCACUGUCGAACAAAGAGACAAGGCAAGGGCCGUAGAGCAACGCAAGCAAGUGUUAGCCCUACGCAUGAAAGAUGCCGAAUGUUUGAAAGACUGGCAGACGGCUGCCGAAGAGCUCGACACCCUCGAAGGCAACGACGAUUGGAAGCGAGACGAUGAUGACGGCAACUACAACGCACCACUGCUUCGUGAACGGCUCAAGGCGCUAGACGACGCGCGAACCAACUGUGAUAUCCGAACCAUGAUGCAUCUCAUCCGAACCGACCUCUCAAGAGACCUUGGUGGCGUUAAUAACGUCAACCUCUACCGUCAUUCGCAUGUGGGCACCAAAUCAUUGAUUGAAAAAUACGUCGAAUCGGCCGUACAAACGAUCGACUCCAUUGUCAUGCAAAGCGCAGUCAACAAGGAACUCGAGAGUCGAGACCUACUAGAGGGUAUGUUGCUAGCCCGACAGAGCUUUGGCCGUAGUGCCCUGCUCCUCUCUGGCGGUGGCACCUUUGGCAUGUCCCAUAUUGGUGUCUUGAAGGCGCUCUUUGAGGCACAACUCCUGCCUCGAAUUAUAUCGGGUGCUAGUGCUGGAAGCAUUGUUUGCGCCGUCAUGUGUACCCGUACCGAUGAAGAAAUUCCUGAUCUCAUCUCUGAGUUUCCAUAUGGCGACUUGGGAGUAUUCGGCGCGGCUACCAAAGAUUCCACGACACUAGACCAUAUGCGAAGACUACUUACGGAAGGCAGUUGGUCCGACAUCCGACAUCUAAAGCAAGUUAUGCGUGAUCUGACGGGUGAUAUGACCUUUCAGGAAGCAUACAACCGAACACGACGAAUCCUCAACAUUUGCGUCUCAACCGAGUCCGUCUACGAGUUGCCUCGCUUACUCAACUAUGUUACAGCGCCAAACGUAAUGAUUUGGUCUGCUGUGGCAGCGUCAUGCUCUGUACCACUAGUCUUCCACUCGAGUCCUCUCCUUGUCAAAGAUCCCGCUACCGGCGAGCAUCACCCAUGGAACCCGUCGCCACAGCACUUCAUCGACGGAUCAGUUGACAACGAUCUUCCCAUGACGCGUCUAUCGGAAAUGUUCAACGUCAAUCACUUUAUCGUCUCUCAGGUCAAUCCCCAUGUUGUUCCAUUCUUAGCCAAGGACGAAUAUGUACCUCCGGCUGUUCGUAACGGCAAGAUUAGUCACAAUAAUGGAGAGGAAAUCGACUGGAUCAACACAUUUACAUCGCUGGCCAAGGAUGAAGCCCUCCACAGACUGCAAUUCAUGGCUGAGAUUGGCAUUAUGCCGAACCUCAUGACCAAAUUGCAGAGUAUAUUGAGUCAAAAGUAUUCCGGCGAUAUUACCAUCUUACCGGAUAUCGACAUGUACGAUUUGCCACGGCUUUUGAGCAACCCUACGCCUGAGUUUAUGCUCAAGUCGCUGUCGAUAGGACAACGCGCAACUUGGCCAAGAUUGAGCCGCAUCAGAGAUCGAUGCUCUACCGAGCUUGCCCUUGAUAGAGCUGUACACCAUCUACGCGCACGGGUUGUAUUUUCGCAGAGCCAGCGUGAUCUCCGUAAGCUCAGUUCAAAUAUGGGGUCACUUCGACUAAAUCAGCCAAUUUCGCUAUCCACCCACCAGACAGAGCUGGCCGAAUUGUCUGGGUCUAUGCAGAACCAACAUCGACGGAGAUCUGGUGGCAGCCUGAGCACGAUGGCUGGACAUCAGUCACUGUUCGACGGCGCGGAUGUUACUGAUGACGAGACUGCCGAGGACGAGCGCCUGGAAAUGCAAGCCCGCCGACACCGAACACAGUCGCCACAAUCAUUGCGCAAACCAAAGCUCGUCAGAGCGAGCAAGAGCCACGUACAUGUACCUAGGCACAGCAGCGCAGCGAUGACGCCCUUUCCAACGAUGGCACAGCCGUCGUUCAAUUUUGCAAAGCCAAUUACGCCACCUCGUGGACUAAAUAUCCCGGACAUCGAUGUUUUUACCAGCAUGCAUAGCUCGGAUGAUGAGGGCGAUGCUGGGUUACGAAGCGCGUGGGUUGGCCGUUCUGGCGGCGGGGUGCAUGUGAUUUCCCCCAUUGACGACCAAGAAACCAGCGAAUUGGGACAUUCCAGCGAUGCCGAUGUGGACCAAGGCACUGAAGAGAGCGAAUUAGAGCCAUUUGAUGUAAAAUGGGAGGCAGCUAAACAAGAAGAUGAUAGCAUGUUUGGCCCAGAUGCUAGAGUAGGAGACGCGUCGUGGGAUUAGAUUGGUGGAGAGUAUUUCCUUUUGUCGCAUUGCCUGGAGUUUGGAUAGAUUGUGUAUAGCAAAUAGAGCAUAACAGCCGACAAUACCUAUAUUAUAAAUGAAGAUGUAUUUACUUCGGACAAUUAUCAUUUGAAUGGGACAAUAGCAAUGACAAAUUAGCUAUUUACAAAACCAGAACAUUGAGAUCUGCCAAGAUCGAAAGCCGUUGGCAAAGCGGGGCGACUGAAAGUAAACUGUAUAAGGUAGAAUUGGUUAGCUUCCUCCAUCAAACAGGGGCCGCGUGGCCUAAUGGUUAAGGCGCUAGAUUUCGGUUCUCAUCCACCGAGCCCUCUAGAGAUUCCAGGUUCGACUCCUGGCGUGGUCGAUUUUUUUGGCUUUCGUUUCGAUUUUUUGGAAUAGUAUCCCGUUGUUUGGAACAAUUACUGCGCUCUCUGUUUUUUAUUCUCUCUUUUUUCUUGCCUGGUUCAUAGGGAAAGCUUCCAUUGCACUUUUAACUACAGCGGGAGAUGAUCAUAAGCACCUCUUACAGCGUGACAGCUGCUGCUUGCAAUGCAGUAUCGUCAAUUGCUUGCUCAUAGCCAAGGAAACACAUAACAUGUAUAUGCCGUUCGCUUGGUAUGUAUCGCAACUACCGAUAAGUAAUGUCUCGAUGCUGGCCUGUUUGCCUGCCUGCAGCUGCGUGAAUUCUGGAUCAUCACGCCAUCUGGUGUAUGCGCAGAGC